GCCAGAAAUCUCUAUCAUUUUGGGUGAAUUGCACUACUUUUUCUAUUUCUCAAGUGUCAUUCUCCCCCUUUUACUUGCUGGUACGAUCCAUCUCCUUUGCGUCAUCCCUUUCUCUCUGCCACACCGUAAUGGGGCGAUCCGCCGCCCGGACGCAAUUCCCGGAGAGCACCGCUCGGGCCAUCCGCCCCUCCAAAACCACCACCACCCCUCGACGGGCCCACCGCCGACGCCGCAUCAAGAACCCGUCUUUCCCCGGCGGAAGGCGGAGUCGCCCCGCCACUCCCCUCCCGACGUGGAAGCUCGGAGAUGCGGACCGCUCGAGGCGCCAGGAGGAGGACGAAGACGUCCGAGGGUCGGCGGCCGCGUUCUCUGCCAGGACGCUCGCGGCGGCGUUGUGGCAUUCGCAGGUGGUGGAAGUAGGCAGCGGCGGUCGGCUUGGAUUCGAGCCUGAUCCAAGGCAUGUGAAUUUCCCGAAUGUCUGUGAUCAUGAUAGGACGGCCCUCCAUACUAGCAUUAGUAAUGAGUUUGCUAGUCCUAGUUCAACCAGCAGGUCCAAAACUACCAUAAAGAAGCAGCAUGAAUUUUCUGGCAUGUUUACCAAUUUCGCAUUGGAGAGGACAACAAAAUGGGAGGCUGGGUGCUCAGGAUCUGCGGAAGGGAUCUACCAUACUUUUGGUCACCAGAAGCUUCUCAAAGAUUGGUUGAAUACUGCCUCUGUUGUUUCUGUUCUCCAAGCAGAGCUCGAGCAGGCUCAUUGCCACAUUAAUGAGCUCGAAAAAGAGAGAGAGUCUGCCAAGGAAAAGCUCGAUCACUUCUUGAAGAAACUCGGAGAGGAAAAAGCUUCAUGGCAGAUCAAUGAGCAUGAGAAGGUUCGGAACAUUAUAACAUCCAUCAAGGAUGACCUCAAUAGAGAGAGAAAAAGCCGGAAGAGGAUGGAGAUUUUGAAUUCCAAACUGGUAAAUGAGCUUGCUGAGGCCAAGUUAUCAGCAAAGCAGUACUUGCAAAACUACGAGAAGGAGAGGAAGGCACGUGAGCUUAUCGAGGAGGUAUGCGAUGAACUUGCAAAGGAGAUUGGAGACGACAAGGCCAAAGUAGAAUCUUUGAAGAGGGAAUCAACAAAAAUCCGGGAGGAAGUGGAUGAAGAGAGAAAGAUGCUGCAGAUGGCAGAGGUUUGGCGUGAAGAGAGGGUACAGAUGAAGCUGGUCGAUGCAAAACUCAUGCUCGAAGAGAAAUAUGCAGAGUUGAUCAAACUUCAAUCUGAUUUAGAUUCUUUUCUCAAAAGUUGUGACAUCACUAAUGCAAAUGCAUCAUCGCUGAAGGAAGCUGAGGUGCUUAAUGUGGUUGCCAGCUCGAUGAAGUUCCAGGAUGUUGAAUUUCUUUAUCAGCCUCCUGCUUCAGGGGAUUUCCUUGUCUCUGAUGAACUCAAGUCAAGAGACGAGGCUAAUGAAAGGGGGAUCGAAAAAUGCUAUGGCUACAGUCCCAAAAGUCAUGCCUCUAGGAUACACACUGUUAGCCCUGAGACUGAUAUCUUUCUGGAAAGUUGCGUGAGCCAUGCCGAGGGUCAGGGUUCUUGCAAUUCUCCAAAAGGGAGUGAUCCAUCCGCAAAUGGCAUCCAUGAAGAAAGCCAUGCAUCAGUUAGCAGAACUGAUUGGAAUCUGAAAAGUGAUGCUAGCAAUUUAAAAAGUGAAACGAGUGAAAUUUGUUCAGGAACCACUAAACAAUCUAGGAAGAAGGUGCCUUAUAUAGGUAAAUUUUGGAGAUCAUCUUGUACAAGCAACAGCUAUAACAAGAAAACCCCACUAGAUAUAUCAAAUGGAAAGCUACCGAAUGGUGGGUUGUUGAAUGCCGCUCUAUCCCCUGAUAUGAUUUCAGGUGAAGCUGGUCUAAGCUCACCGAGCGUGGAGCAGGGGAGCUCCUCUAAUUCAAUUAACCCACAUGUAGGUAGAGGAACAAAAGGAUAUGUUGAAUGGUCAAGGGACACAAAGAACCAUAGUUUGAAGACAAAGCUCCUGGGGAUGAGAAUGGAGAACCAGAAAGUACAGUUGCGCCAUGUUCUUGAACAUAAGUCUUAGCAUGAACAUUUUUUUUUGCUAUCAGAGAUGUGUGCCAUUCGACCAAGCUGGCUGUUUUUUUGGUUUCAUGGUAGUGCUGGUGCCAGAUCUAAAGCAUGACUAUGUAUUUAUUAUAUGAUCACUAUCGCCAAGGCGGAACGCAGCUGGGUCGGUGAGAAUUGGACAUACAUUUGGGCCAUUUAAUGCAUUAGUUGCUGUUGUUGAAACUACUUGUACCUUGAUGCCUCCUUCAAGCUACAGCGAGAACCUAGAGCAUAUUGUACGAGACUUCUCUUUGUAUGAUCAUAUUCUUUCUCGUAAUCGUAUAUAUUUUGUUACCUUACGAUACACGUAUCAUUGUUUGAAGCAAGCAACAAGCGAAAUAUGUUGGAUCUUUUUCUUUUCUUUUUUUCUGUAGUGCUUUUAAAGAAAACUUUACAUGGAUUGAUUUCCUCAAA